AUGGCUCAAGGAUACCGCCCGGAAAGAAAAGGGAGACAGAAGAGGCCGGCAAACCCACUAGUCAGAGGUGUUCUGGCAUUCUGUCAGAAAUUCGGCAUUACAGUUCUUGACAGUACGAACAGUGAUAUCCAUACGGUGACGGCCACGGCGGCGGCGGAUGUACGAGAUUCAACUGGACCUCGACCUGGAACUGGACUUGCCAUUGGAUCUGAGAACGAGGAACAGCCCCCGAAUCCUUCUUCACUGGAUUUGACGCCGUCGGUGUCGUUGAACGACAUACCGAAACGCUACACGAGUUACCCGCCACUCUUGCUCCUGCCGCACAACUUCCCUGCACACAAUGAACGGUGGACGGCGGUGUACUCUGCCUUGUCUGGAGGAGACAGGAAUGUCUUGUUCCAGUGUAUAGCCGAGACGGGGUUCGCAGGGCAAAAUAUCAGUAGAAUCGCCAUCAACGCGCCGAUUGCUGCUGCCGCGCAAGAAGACGGCCAUGGUCAUAGCCACAGCCACGAUCCCGAUACUGGUGUCGAUCGAGAGGAGCAGCCUCAGCUCCAUCAACAUCGAAAGAAAGAAAACUUCAUGCGCAGUCCCUCUGGUCUCGUACCUGUCUACGGAGACUGGGGUGGCACCACUCCGCUGAGGAGUCACUCUGCGCUUUCGACUUCUUCCAUCUCGAAUGUACCGACGCCUCAAGACUUCUCCAACGCCUUCUGGACGUCGACCAGUCAGCACCGAGGCAUCACGCAGUGCUGGGCUCCACUGUAUACAAUGUUCAGUAGGGGCAAUGUGGCCGAGAAAGCUAGAAUAUUGGGAACCACCCCUACUGCCGGUGGGAACUCUUCGGGAGGAGCACGACCCAGAGAUGGCGACAGCAGUGGCAGUGGCAAUGGCAGUGUCACAUUCCCCGGUCUGACGAGCGAAGAACUCCGAGAACCCCUGCCUGAAACGGACGUGAUGGAUUUCUACGUCGGCAUAGGAUACUUUGCCUUUUGCUACUUGACGCGAGGCGUGCGACGGGUCUACGGGUGGGACAUCAACCCUUGGAGUAUCGAGGGGCUGAGAAGGGGGUGUGAGGCGAACGGAUGGACUUGCUUGGUGAUCAGGGUUGACGACCAUGGUAAUAUGGUAGAUCAGACGGCUGCUGAUGUUGCGAAGAGGAUCAAUGGUCAUGAUCACGGUCAAGGUCAAGGCCAAGGUCAAGAUCCGACUGGGCACGAAAUGCAGUCAGAAGUCACUGUCAGAUGCGUCGCGUUCCUGGGCGAUAAUAAAUGGGCGGAUAAAGUCAUGCGAGAGAUCACAACGGCCGGAGUGGCAUUGAAUAUCAGACAUGCCAACCUCGGUCUUUUGCCCACGUCGAGAGGGAGUUGGGAGAAUGCCGUCAAGGCUAUCGUCUGUGGAAGUGGACGUAGCAACAACAAGAAUAAGUCUGUCGAGCGUGGUGGGUGGCUGCAUGUUCAUGAGAAUGUCGACGUUCGGGAGAUUGAAAAGAUCAAGACACAAAUCACCCACGACAUUGACGGUCUUGUGAAGAGGCAGGUCUCAGAACAUGAAUCGGAACGGGAACUGGCAUGGGCGGUAUCGUGCGAUCACGUCGAGCAGGUCAAGACAUAUGCGCCCGGCGUGAUGCAUUGCGUCUAUGAUGUCCAUAUUAACCCAAUCAAUCCAAAUGGAUGA